AAUAAUAUUUUACUCCCCCACGCGGCCACCCCUAAAUCUCCAUGUCCAACGACGUUUCCCAAGCUCCUCUGCUCACUUAGCUUUCUCCGCCCCCUCCUUUAUUACCUCCAGAAUCUCUCACUGUCAUCUACUUUCCUCUCUUGAUUGGACUCUCUGCAGAAAUCUCCGCCCCUCUUCUUCUCCGCUAUCCCCAGCAAUCUUCUGCCCUAUUUCUACUAUCCACGGCGGCGGUCUGUCUAUAGUAGAAGAAUUUGGUCAUUCAUGGCGCAGGCACUGAAUCUUUCCAUUUCCACCUCCCAUUCCCCCAAACCCUUGAUAUCCCGCCGCUCCACACCUUUUGCCACUGCCAUUUCCCGCUUUUCGCUCACCAAAAACCCUAUCAAAACCUCAUUGUUCAUCAGAGCUUCUGCAUCCGACCCAAACCCCUCCAUCUUAACAUCCGACAACGGCGCUGGCUCCUCGGCGGUGCAGGACCGCGCCCCUUUUCCUCUGGUUUCGGAUUCCAGCUCGAUUGAGGUUGAUGCCGUUACGGAGGCGGAGCUCAAGGAGAACGGAUUCCGGAGCACGCGGCGAACGAAGCUCAUUUGCACGAUCGGUCCUGCCACGUGUAAGCCGGAGCAGUUAGAGGCGCUUGCGGUUGGAGGGAUGAAUGUUGCCAGGAUUAAUAUGUGUCAUGGUACGAGGGAGUGGCAUCGCGAGGUGAUUCAGCGUGUGAGGAGAUUGAAUGAGGAGAAAGGGUAUGCGGUGGCGAUCAUGAUGGAUACUGAGGGGAGUGAGAUUCACAUGGGGGAUCUCGGUGGCGCUUCGUCAGCGAAAGCUGAGGAUGGUGAAAUAUGGACAUUCAGUGUCCGAGCCUUUGAUUCCGGUCUUCCUGAACGCACUAUUAAUGUAAACUACGAUGGGUUUGCUGAAGAUGUAAAAGUAGGUGAUGAGCUUCUAGUAGAUGGUGGAAUGGUGAGGUUUGAGGUGAUUGAGAAAAUUGGUCCAGAUGUCAAGUGUCGCUGUACAGAUCCUGGCCUUCUAUUACCUCGGGCUAAUCUUACAUUCUGGCGUGAUGGGAGCUUAGUGCGGGAACGUAAUGCAAUGCUCCCUACAAUAUCCUCAAAGGAUUGGUUGGAUAUUGAUUUCGGCAUUGCGGAGGGUGUUGAUUUUCUCGCUAUAUCGUUUGUCAAGUCUGCGGAAGUUAUAAAGCAUCUUAAGAGCUAUAUUCAGGCACGAGCUCGUGAUAGUGACAUCUCUGUCAUUGCAAAAAUAGAAAGUAUUGACUCAUUAAAGAAUUUGGAGGAAAUCAUCCAAGCAUCAGAUGGUGCUAUGGUGGCAAGAGGAGACCUAGGGGCACAGAUCCCCUUGGAGCAGGUUCCAUCAGAACAACAAAAGAUAGUCCAAGUCUGCAGACAACUAAAUAAGCCAGUUAUUGUUGCAAGUCAGUUGCUUGAAUCGAUGAUAGAAUACCCAACACCUACCAGAGCUGAAGUAGCUGAUGUAUCAGAAGCAGUUCGCCAGCGAGCAGAUGCCUUGAUGCUAUCUGGUGAGUCUGCCAUGGGCCAGUUCCCUGAGAAAGCAUUGACUGUUCUGAGAAGUGUUAGCCUGAGAAUUGAGAAAUGGUGGAGAGAGGAGAAACGUCAUGAAGCAAUGGAACUCCCUGGCAUAGCAUCUUCUUUUGCAGACCGCAUUUCAGAAGAGAUAUGCAACUCUGCUGCUAAGAUGGCCAACAAUUUGGAGGUGGAUGCUAUUUUUGUUUAUACAAAGACUGGUCACAUGGCAUCUCUUUUGUCACGCUGCCGACCUGAUUGCCCCAUAUUUGCAUUUACCACGACGACUUCUGUACGCAGACGCCUGAACCUGCAAUGGGGUCUCAUACCAUUCCGUUUGAGUUUUUCUGAUGAUAUGGAGAGCAACCUCAACAAGACUUUCUCCUUGCUGAAAGCUCGGGGAAUGAUAAAGUCAGGCGACUUAGUUAUAUCUGUCUCUGACAUGUUGCAAUCUAUUCAAGUUAUGAAUGUCCCAUGAAAAGUUGUUUCCAUUUGGGUAGAAAGGUGGCUAAAAUGGUACUUAUCGUUGUUGGAAGAUCAAUAUAAAUCAAAUCCAGACUCAUGAACUCCCAACUUCCAAUGCUGGAUGUUUGUCAGCAAGAAAGGCAACUUUGCCUUGAGGAAAUUUUUUUCCUUUGUAGCAAAUACUGAGUGAUGCAAAUUUAGGCCCUAAGUUUAGAUGUAUUUUCUCUUUGUUUUCAUUUUUCGACGGUCUCAAAAUGGUGAUGUAUUUUACUUUGACUUGUUAACUUAUAAGCUUCAUUUUGUUUCAGAUGUCCUUAAUCAUUUGGAUCAAUUAGCAGAUAUUUAUAAUAAA